AUGGAGAAAAAGGUUCUUCAAAAUGUUGACUCUGUGUUUACAGCUAAGUGGCAGUACGAGCUGAUGCUCGGGACAAAGGGAGUCAUGCAGGUUGGUUGGGCAACGAUGGGCUGCCAGUUCUCUCAAGAAAAAGGAGUAGGUGACACUCCUGAUUCUUAUGCCUAUGAUGGAAAUAGACAGCGAAAGUGGAAUGUGGCGACCUACAAAUAUGGAGCAAUGUGGCAAUGUGGAGAUAUUAUUUCUUGCACCCUGGACCUUGAGGAAGGAGUUGUGAAGUUUUAUAGAAAUGGUAAGUCACUUGGUCCAGCCUUCAGCAAUGUCAAAACUGGUCCUGGUGUGGCAUAUUUUCCAGCCGUUUCCUUAGCUCUUGGCGAAAACCUGAUUGUCAAUUUUGGGGCUACACCUUUCCGUUACCCACAGUUUGGUUUCUCCCCUCUUGAAGCCCCUCCCUCGAGUGAUCUGGUGAAAGCUCACCGAUGUGUCUCUUGGUUAAUAAGCUUAGUUGACCUACAAAGCAGUUGGCCUCAGGAGCAGCUAAAUGGAGGACGUUGGAAAGCGUGUAUACUCAUUGUUGUGCAGCAUAUUGCUGCACAUUUGGGUCCAUUAUUAGCUACCCCAUAUAUUGUAGAGGCCUGUCUUGUUCCUGCUUUAGCAGAGAUGGCAGAAGUAUCACAAGAGACACAAGCCAGCUCACAUAGGCUGGGCACUAUUGGGCUCAACCUACCAAAAGCACACAUCCUUUUUGACUUUCUAAUGGCUUCUCUGGAGAGUCAUGAACUUCUCAAGUGCCUGGAAAAUCUCAUCAUCUGUCUGCUAACAGGCCACAAGCAGGCAGCAGAAAAUAUUCAUUUUCGUGGCCAGAAAUACAAUCUCCGUUUGUUGUAUGUCCUCCUUUCUCAUACUAGCCUCAGGAAGUACUGCCUCAGCCACAUACUGUUUGAUAAAGUCAGGUUUCCCAGUUUUCUUAAUAUGAAGACAAUUGAUGAAGAAGGCCUUAGUGAAGUAGUCCCCUCUGUCUGGUGGAGCUCAAAAGAUGGCGCUGUCAUCACUGGUUGCAAGCAAGCGUAUGAUGACUCCUGUAACAUAAUCCAUACUGCUGUAAAAGAGGUUGAAGAGAUACAGGUAUCUAUCCUGCGGCAACUGUUAAGCGUGAAUGAUGCUCCCAAUUAUCAGGAUUCCAGCAGAGCUCUGUUUUUAGCCAAGUUUCGAACCUUUCUUAAGGAGCAUGCACCGGGAUCUCGGGUACCUGUUGUUGGAUACACACCACUUCCAGUCAUUCUUUGCCUUUUCCAUCGCCUUCUGACUAUCUUCCAUGAGCUGUGGAAAAUUGAGGCUCGGGAAGCUGAAGUUAUAAUCCCACCUCGACUCUUCUAUGAUAGAUCCAUUAAUUACUUUGAUACACAUCGGCUAGGUGGGCUUGAAUCUCACCUAAUGAAGACUCUGAAAAAGGAGUUGGCCAAAGCCCUCCCAGUCAGUCAUGCAGAUACUUCUAAGGUAAUAAGUGAAUUAGACAAUGCAACAGCUGGUGUCAGUUCUGCAGAAGAUAUGAAAAUUAUACACAACAACGAGCCCUCAACAUCAGGAGCAGUGUUGGGUAAGGCACUAGUGUCAGGAGAGAGUUCUAUAGACAGUGGCAUGAGAGUUGUCAACGUUACUCCUGGAGAUAUAGAAGACAAGCCUAGCCACAGUGGAAACUCCAGAAUGAUGCGUGAUUCCCUCCUCCACCUACUUGAUGGGAUUAUUCUGCUGUACCACAUUGGUGCACACAAGCAGCUUGGGAAAGUGGCAGCACAGAGAGAUUCCAUGAAUGAUAAUAUAACACAUGUCUUAGAAAUUGAUAAAAAAUUAGAGUACUGCAGAGAAAAGGGUUCAAGUACAAGUCAGCUGAAAGAGCUUAUUGGAUCAAGGGAUGUCUUUAUGAAUAAGCUGCAGGAGCAGGCCAGGCAACAGGCAUGGGUGAUAGCAGCCAUCCACUCUACAGAGAAGUACUCUCACCUGGUAUCUCUCAUGCAGGUUAUCCUCUCAACACUCAAAGCUGCUUCCAGUGAAGGGGAAUUAUUUGGAUUUGUGCCAGACUUCUACAUAGAAAGUUUAACUGAAAUGUGUACAGCAUUGCGACUCUAUUUCACAGUACCUCCAGAGAGUAUAUUAAGCUCUCAGUGUCUUCUCACAAGUGUGGGAGAGUUCCUUGCAUUACACUUCUGUGACUCGAGAAUUGUGUAUGCUGAUAGCAAAGAUUCCCUUAUCCAAGCCCUCGCAGGUUUUGUUUGUCACCAGACAACUCUGACUGCCCUGGAAAAUAUGCCAGAGGCGAGUCGGCAACAAAUGGUUCGUAACUUACUCCAGCCUUAUGAAAAUCGUGCCUGGGCUCAAAAUAACUGGAUUCUGGUGCGUUUUUGGAAAGGCUGUGGAUUUGGGUUCCGCUACACAAGAAGUCCCCACAUGACCAAUAAAUUUGGUCCAAAGCCAGCCCACACCGACAAUCCGAACUUCACACAGACAACAGCUCCCUGCCCUUCGCCAGUUUUCCAAAGGCACGUGGUGGAAGUGCUGGAGAGUUCUUUAGAUGUGGCAACACCCUUCCUAAACUCCCUACUUAAUCAGCUCAACUGGGCCUUUUCAGAGUUUAUUGGAAUGCUGCAGGAGAUCCAGAAUGCCUCAAACCGUCCUGAACGUGUGUUUAUAGAUUCGAGACAGCUCCGAAUUUGUGCCACAUGUUUUGAUUUGGCCUUGGCUCUCUUACGAGUUUUAGAGAUGAUUGUAAACAUAGCACCUCAACUGUUUACAAAUUUUUCCAGGCCCAAUGCUGAACUGCUUUUGUCAAGAUUAUGUCAGUUAUUAUGUCAAGUUCUUAACCGUGUAAGUGGAUGGUCUGGAUGCUUUGGACACGUUGUAGGCCUAGAGAUACCAGGAUUAGAAACUAUUCACCAGUACCCCAUACUUACAGCAGUGACUGGGAUCCUAGUGACUCUCAUCAGUCAUGAUUUUGUACAAGUAAACCCCAAAGCCCAAGUGGCAACAAGAACAUUACUGAAUGAACCCAGUUUCCAGUUAAGUUCUGUAUAUCAACUCCUUGGUGGUCAAGAUGUCUUGAAGCCCUCUGCAACCAGUGCAUAUGCAGGUGCAUCUGCCCUAUCAUCAGCUUCAGCCUCAGACAGAGCGCGUCGGCUAAAUGAAGAAUGCUCCAUUAACUUAGAAUGUUUGCAAUUUUCAGCACUUGCAAGGGGAGCUAAUUCUCAUGCAAAUAACAGUUCAGGCAUCAAAUUUUCAUUAAGAAAUUACCUUGAUGAUGUUACUAGUUCUGAAAUAAGCCAAGUGGAGAGGGUCAUCAUGCAUCUUGAAGCUUGUGUUGAGAGCCGUGGAGAACCCACUUCAGGAGAUGAUGAAGAUACUUUAUGUACAAUUUGUUAUGCAUAUCCUGCCUCUGCAGUGUUUCAACCCUGCACGCAUUCGUCCUGCAGGGCAUGUGUGACACAGCAUUUGAUGAACAGGUCUGACUGUUUCUUCUGCAAAACAACCAUACAGGUAGUAACUGAUCAGAGUACCGGAAUAAUUGUGUAUCAGGCCCAAAGUUUGGUUAAAACCUCAGACCAGAAGCCAAAAUAGCCAUUCUUCAGUGUGUCACAAAAGGCACCUUGGCACAUGAGGACAUGGACUUUUGAAAACUUAAGUUCCCCAUUAUUAGCUGGUAACCGAUGCAAAAGUUGUUUAUUAUACCGGUGAAUAUUUCUGAAGUUACUGUACAUCCAAUGUGUAAAUAGUGUGAAAGAACAGUCAUAAAAUGUAUAGUGUAAUAAAAAACUUGAUGCUGCAAAUAAAGGUCAAGAUUAUGAAUUCCUGUACUUAGCAGCCUUGAGAUAUGCAUAAUAGUACUUACCAACAUUUUUAUAACCUAAAACUUAAAGGAUCUACCUCUGUAACAGUGGUUCCAAGACUGAGAAAUUGUCAUAAAUGCACAUGCCUGCAACUUUGACAUAAUUAUCUAUGUGAUUUUUUUAUCAAUAGUCCCGCCAGAAAAUAUUUUGCGUGGGCAUCUUUUUUAAGUACGAAACAAUUCAUUAUGGUGUAUGAGGAAAAAAGAAAUUACUUCUCAGAAAAACUAUUUGUAUGAGUGAUAUGAGUCAGUCCAGUUGGUAAGUAACUAGUUAAGGGAAAAUUUCUCAUUCAUUAAAACAGUCUGAUAAAAAUGACAUGAAGCUGAAGCACAUUAAUUGUACUUGAGUAAUUGAAACUUUCAGGGUGUGUCGACACUUCAUAACAAUGUAAAUUAUGUUUCAGUUACUACUUAAAAAUAUAAACUUUUACAUGUAUGCCACCUAGAUGUAGUUGAAAAUUGGUGAAUGUGGUAAAUUUUACUAGUUCAGAAAAAGUAUUUAGUAUUUGAGUUUAUUAUUUAUAGUUUUUCUUUCUUUACAAGUACAGUAGGACCGUCGUAUCCUCCAGUUCAGUUUCCACUGUUUGUUAUUUAUUUUUUUUUUUAUUAACAUAUCGGCCAUUUCCCACCAAGGUAGAGUGGCCCAAAAAGGAAAAGCUUUCACCAUCAUUCACUCCAUCAGUCUUGCCAGAGGUGCACUUACACUACAGUUAUAAAAUUGCAACAUUAACACCCCUUCUUCAGAGUGCAG